AUGCCGUCUAGUGACAAGAAGAAGCACUUUGAAUUGGUCGUACAGGAUGAUUUUCUUGUCGUACUGCAUCCUAUUCAUCCAUUGAGUCUUCACAUUCCUCGUUCUUUGUCUACCAAUGCGUCGUUGGGACUAAGUGUGGAGCACGUGAAGGAUUUUCAGCAUGUGCACGGCCGUCGAAUGGCCUUUGACGCCAUUUACGGUGUCUUUUGGUUGCUGCAUGGUCCGUAUUUGGCCUUAGUGACGCAAUCCAAGCUUAUAGCUAAAGGCGUUGACGAUGCAGAGAUUCGACUGGUGCAACAGCUGGAGCUACUGCUUAUCCCGACACAGAACCUGCCCGUACUCACACCACAGCAGGAACAGGACGAACGCACAUACAUUAACAUGAUAACGACUGACAUUGCAGUUCAAAAGCUUCAUUUUUCCAAAAACUUUGAUUUUACACACACGUUGCAGCGUAUUGCCGCGUUUAAUGGUAAAAUAGGAAGUAUUGCAGAGCGUGCGGAUGACCGCUUCUUUUGGAACAAGUCGCUAUGCUCCGCUUUCAUAGAACAAAAGUACUUUGAGUGGGUGACUCCGAUGACGCAGGCUUAUGUAGAAUUGACGGAAAAACUCACGCUGCAUGGCAAGUCCUUUCGCAUACUGUAUAUCUCGAGGCGGUCGUGUAAACGGCAGGGAAUGCGCUUUACAAUGCGCGGUGUCGAUGAUGAUGGAAAUGUCGCCAACUUUGUCGAAACGGAGCAGAUUUGUAUGUUUGACGACGGUAGACAGACGUCAUUUGUUCAGGUCCGGGGCUCCAUUCCGGUUUUCUGGAGCUCGCCAGCUACAAUGAAGUACGCACCCAAGGUUUACCAGGCUGGCGAUACGGAACGUAAUGUGACCGCUUUUCAGAAGCAUGCCUACGAGCUUAUGUCACUAUAUGGUCGUGUGCUUUUUGUAAACCUCAUCGACAAGAAGAGGGAACAGCUUAAGCUUGGUGAGGCCAUGGCCAAGACCAUUGCUGACGCCGCUACCCGCGACUCGCAUAUUCUUGCGGCCGUCCGUCUCGUGUGGUUUGACUUUCACCACGAGUGUCGUAACAUGAAGUGGGGAAACCUUGAGAAAUUGAUCAAGCAGGUUGAUGACGACUUCCUGGACCACGGGUACUUUUGCAAGAGUGCAGAUGGAGCUGUCGUGAACAAACAGUCUGGCGUGGUGCGCACCAAUUGCAUGGACAACCUCGACCGCACUAACGUCGUUCAGUCGUUAUUCGGUCGGCGAAGUUUAUUGCUACAGCUAAGUGAGACCGAAGCGCUGCAAGGAAAUGUGCUUAGCUCGCCUUUUGUAGAGCUCGAGUAUGCAUUCAAGCGCGUGUGGGGCAACAACGCCGACGCGAUCAGCCUUUUCUACGCCGGGACAGGUGCUCUAAAGACGGACUUUACGCGCACUGGUAAACGUACCAAGAAGGGUGCACUCAUCGAUAGUUAUAAUUCAUGCAUGCGCUACAUCAAGAACAACUUCAUGGACGGAUACCGGCAGGAUGUGCUAGAUCUGCUGCUGGGGCGUUACUCAGUCUCGCGCAGCAAGCUAUCGCCAUUCGUGACGCAAGGCGAGAGCCUUGGGUCGACGCUAGCCAAGCUCAUGGGCCUUGUGAUCGCCUUCUUUUUCCGUGCUAGUGAAGAAGGGAAACGUGUUGGGCAAAAGGCUGGUGCGGCUGCCGAGUCUGUGUCCACAGGACGGCUGCAUGACGCUAAUACCUCACUUCGACUAUCUAAGACUGCCGUUCAAUGCAUCAGGUCGUCGAUCCCCGCGCGUGUGCUACAACAGACGUCAUUCUCAAGCAAAACGAGUACUCCACAGGUCUCACAGGGUGAGAAAGCGUGGUGUGACAUCUAUGGUGUAGACUAUGAGAAACAGAUCCAAGAGGCGCUGCAGGAGUCUCCUGCUGCCACUGCUAAGCAAAUCAAUCAUCCUACAGCCGCCUCAACAACUCCUUGUGUCAACGCUCACAGCAAGACUGAUGUGUGGAACGUCGUGUUUGGUGAAAAGGAGUCGGAAUGA